UGCCGCCCAUCGACUUCAAGGACGGGUCAGGGGCAGCUCUCGCGUUCUGUCGUNUUCUUCUUCGCNNNCAGACGUUCAUGGCUAGGUAUGCUCCUCUUCGCUCUUCUCUGGACCGAGCUGACGCUGAUGACAGCCACCGUGGGCGUCUCUCGUCGCUUCUGGGGGGCGACGAGCUGUAUGUUAUCAGUCUGUAUCGUCUUGAUCAGCUGGUCUGCUCGCCUGGUGCCUUCAGCUGGUCUGGUCAGUCGCCGUCUCCUUUCUCCGCUGACUUGGCUGACCGACUUGCAGAGUAUGUAUCUUACUUGUGUAUCAGUUCGGCUGGGCCGUGUAUCGCAUCCUCGACAGCUGCGCUGUCGCUGUAUUCUAAGACGUGUAUGCCGCAAGUCAAUCGCUCGAGCAGCGCGUCGGACAUCGUAAAGCCCGUGCUAGCGAUGGCACAAUCAUUGACCUUGGGUAUUCAGGAUUCGACAUCUCGCUUGCUCUUGCCGUCGUCAUCUGGGUCGUUGUCAGUCAGUCAGAUCUCGCUCGGUCAGCUCAGUCGGCUUGCGUGAAUU